AUGGCGUCUUCAUCUAACAAAUUUCAAGUUCCUUUCGCUGGAAAAUGGAACGACUUCUCUGUUGCUGAUGAUGGAAUGAAGUAUGUUCCAGAACCCAAGGGUAGCAAAGAGCACCGAGAAAUUUGGGAAAGUCAGGUAAUGAUUCCCUUUGCCAUUGAUGAAAAUGUUUAUGCUUUCGGUGGUCCGAUCCCAGACGAUAUGAACUUGACUAGGGAAGUAGACGAGAUAUUUCCAUGUCUAGAAACUUGCGAGCCUAGAAUCUUUGAUAGCAAACCCUAUAACUUUGAAUAUAUGCUGACAAAUUAUAAACCCUUUCGAUCCCAUCCUUAUUACGGAAAUAGCCUUUACCUUACUUGGCUUGAUCGAAUAGAGCAAUCCUUUGGUAAAUUCUGGAAAGAUUACGGAAUCUUUGAGUUAAUACAGUUCUCUAGGAUAGGACCCAAAUACCAACCUGAAAUGCUCAUUGCUGCGAUGCAUUUCUUUGAAAAAUCUACCAACACCUUUCAUUUUAAAAGUGGUAUGAUGACACCUACCCUGUUCGAUGUGUCAGCUAUCACAGGGUUAAGACCCACUGGCAAAACUUACAGCCCUGAUGAUGUUAGUGAUAACAUCACUUUAAACUACAAAGAAAACGCCUUUUCUGCCUUUAUCCUCAAACAUUCAGGACCUGAGAAUGAAGAAGUCUCAGAUGAAGAACAUGUGGCCUUUCUCACUCUAUGGCUAUCCCAUUAUGUAUUUUGCUCUCGAUCUCUCCAAAUUGCUAGGAAAUUUAUACCCAUGGCUGUGCAAAUACAUGAAGGAUGCCAUUUUGCCUUAGGACGCCUUCUGCUGGCAACUCUGUAUGAGUCGAUUGGGGAAGUUUGUGAUAACCUGAAAGGUUUAGUUCCUGCCAAGUCGAAAUCGAAGAAAGCUGCGCCAGAUGGAUGUUUUCAAGCUGCUGGGCCAAUGUGGCUAUUACAGUUGUGGUUAAAUGCCACCUUUGAAAAAGAACUUGGUUUGUUCAUUCCCACUGAACAUCACGCUUCGAUAGCUAAAAGGAAAAUCGAAGGUACUCGUUUAAUAAGGCUUCAACCUAAUCCCCUUGAACAGAACUCUCAACAGCUAUUCAUGAAGUACAUGAAAAUUUUCUUAGCCAUCGACCAAUUCAAGCCUGAACACGCUCCAUUUGUGAAGAGAACCAUUGGUCCCUCCUGGUUCGUCAAAGAGAUACCAGUGUUGAAUCCUAACGCUGAGGAGGAAAUAAAUGAAACUUGGACAGCCUACUUAGAUCCUACUAUUCUGUCUAUUCGAAUUGGUACCCUAUCUUCUGAAUAUGCAUUAAUUGGGUAUCAACCGAACUUGGUUUCUAGACAGUUUGGCUUUUCACAGCUUCGACCAAAGAGCAUGUAUAUAAGGAAGAAAAACAUCGUGCUUGGGACAACUGUGACUUCCACUUUGUAUGAAAGGUACAUGAAGAUUAGUCGUGACAACGUUUAUGGCUUCGAGCCAUUUGACUUCAACCUUUCUUACUACUGUACACAAGAGUUUGCCAACUGGUGGAGGCGAUAUUUCGACAGCAAACACCUAGGAGAUGCAGUGCUUAUCUCGAGGUUGGAGAGUGGGUUUACUCGACCUCAGAUAAAGAGAAUCGAACAGCAAGUCAAGACUACAGUUACCAAAAAACAAGCUGCAGAUUCUGCUAAAACAGUUAAAGAGAAAACAACAUCAAAGUCAGUUGAGACUGAAGAGCCUUCUAAGGUACAUAUUGAAUCGAAACUUGUUUUCCUUUGA